UCACUUCGCCAGUCGUGAAAAGCAGAUCGUGUGAAUUGCUUCUUUCCUGCCGGUUAUUCAGUGAAAAGCGGAAAAAUGUCGAGCAACUACGAGGGAUACAAGUCGCCACUGAGCACCCGCUAUGCCAGCAAGGAGAUGCAGUUUCUCUUCAGCGAUCAAAACAAGUUCUCCACAUGGCGCCAGCUGUGGGUCUGGUUGGCCAAGGCGGAAUGUCAGCUGGGCUUGGAGAUAAGCGAGACUCAGAUCACAGAAAUGGAGCAGCAUAUCAAGGACAUUGACUUCGAGGCUGCUGCUGCAGAGGAGCGUCUCACGAGACACGAUGUGAUGGCCCAUGUCCAUGUGUUUGCUAAGCAAUGUCCCACUGCGGCGCCCGUCAUUCAUCUGGGUGCCACAUCCUGUUAUGUAGGCGACAACACAGAUCUGCUGGUGCUGCGCGAUGCUCUUAAGUUGAUACUGCCACGCGUGGCCACUGUUGUGGAACAGCUGAAGCGGUUUGCCGAGACAUAUAAGUCGCUGCCCACAUUGGGAUUCACUCAUUUGCAGCCGGCGCAACUGACGACGGUGGGUAAGCGAGCCUGCCUCUGGAUGCAGGAUCUGCUGAUGGAUGAGCGUGCGCUGCGUCGUUGUCUUGAAGAUCUACGCUUUCGCGGAGUCAAGGGCACCACGGGCACCCAAGCCUCGUUCCUGCAGCUUUUCAAUGGCGAUGGUCAAAAGGUGAAGCAACUCGAUCAGCUCGUGACCCAAUUGGCUGGCUUUAGCAAACCAUACGCCGUGACUGGACAGACUUAUUCCCGCAAAGUGGACGUGGAGGUGAUGGCUGCCUUGGCCAGUUUGGGCAGCACUAUCCACAAGAUGUGCUCAGACUUGCGCAUUCUCGCCUCGCGCAAGGAAAUGGAGGAGCCCUUCGAGAGCACACAGAUCGGCUCUUCGGCCAUGGCCUAUAAACGCAAUCCGAUGCGCUCGGAACGUUGCUGUGCCCUAUCCCGGCAUCUCAUCACGUUGUUCAGCAAUGCAGCCAACACUCAUGCCACCCAGUGGCUGGAGCGCACGCUGGAUGACUCGGCCAACAGACGUCUGACGCUGUCCGAGGGCUUCCUCGCUGCGGAUGCGGCUUUGCUCACGCUGCUUAACAUCUCGCAGGGUCUUGUAGUCUAUCCCAAGGUCAUUGAACGUCACAUUGCGCAGGAGUUGCCAUUCAUGUCGACGGAGAACAUCAUCAUGGCCAUGGUGAAGGCUGGCGGCGAUCGUCAGGUGUGCCACGAGAAGAUUCGCGUGCUCUCCCAGGAAGCUGGUGCCCAAGUCAAGCAGCAUGGCAAGGACAACGAUCUGGUGGAGCGUGUGCGCAACGAUGUGUACUUUGCUCCCAUUCUCGAUCAUCUGGACGACAUCCUCGAUGCACGCACCUUCACUGGUCGCGCCAGCGAACAGGUGGACGAGUUCAUUGCCGAGGAAGUGCAGCCAGUGCUGGUCAACUAUGCUGAUGCCUUGGGCAACGUGCAGCACAUCCAGCUGAAUAUCUAAGCACCUUCUAUUAUUUUAUCACUUAAGCUCAAAGCAAACAAAUACAGUUUUAUAUUCCCACAUUA